GACCCCAGACAAACAUCUAAGGAACUGCAUGCUUCUCUCAGAGUCUCCCCGCUUGUCCACUGGCUCGUCUUUCAGUAGCGAAUGCCUGUCCACCAGCACCGUGUCAGAGAGCUCUGUCCUGAUUGGUGGGGACCUCCCUGAUAAUGGCCGUCCUGUGAGCCUUGUUUCCACCUUAUCCUCAAGUUCAAGCUCUUCCAAAGAGGAGCACUGUCUCUACAGAAGCUCCACACAGAGCAUAGACCUGGAGCCAGGCCCUGCUGGCAAGGAGCGGCCAGCCGGCCUUGAGGAGGGCAGUGCAGAGGGAGCUGUUCAGAAGAACAAUAAGACCGUGGCCCCACUCUGGGCUGAUCAGUCCAUCCAGGUCCCCUGCUCAUCCCCCGAAGCCCAAACCAUGGCUCCCAGCCCCCAGAUCACGUACCUUGACCGGGUUGUUAUGGAGAUUGUGGAGACGGAGCGCAUGUAUGUGAGGGAUCUGCGCGGUAUUGUGGAGGUGAGUCACUGUGCCUGAAAAGUGCAUACAAUUCAUGGGGAUCAUUGUUUUCCACAGUGUCCUCUUUUACACCAUAGAGAAUUUAAAAACACAGAUAUACACUCACCUAAAGGAUUAUUAGGAACACCUGUUCAAUUUCUCA